CCGGCCUUACCUCCGCUCACUUUCAAAGAAACCUUCCUCUCUGCUCAGUCCUUAUAUCCAGCACUCCCCCUUUCCAAUGGCCUCAAAAGCAGCAGUUGCGGCAGUCGAUUUCACGCGAAUCUACUCCACGCUUGGUCUUGGACAGGAGACCAUUGCCGCCCUGCAAGCAUUCCGCAAGCGACACGGUGAUGCUCAACGCAUCCAGGCUCAAUAUGCCACGCAGUCCACCACAAUAGAUUUGGCACACUACCGCUCGGUUUUGAAAAACAAGUCAGUAGUUGAUGAGGCUGAGAAGCUAUUGAAGGAGUUCAAGCCUGUAACUUACGAUGUGAAUGCUCACGUCAAAGCAAUCGAGACCUUUGAGACCCAAGCGGUUACAAAAGCCAAAGAGACAGCUGAGAAGAUCGACGUGGAAUUGAAGGAGCUGCAGGUCACCCUUGCAAAUAUUGAGGAUGCGCGUGCCUUUGAUGAUCUUACCGUUGAGGACGUUGGUAACGCUCAUCCACGCAUUGUCGAGGCUGUAGAGACCAUGGUCAAGAAGGGCAAAUGGACUGUUCCAGGAUACAAGGAGAAGUUUGGCGAUUUGUCACUACUGUAAUUCAGUGCUGUCACUAUUAUUCCAUAGAACGGCACUUCAUACACAAAUCAUGUUUGAUGCAACUGCUUGACGUUCCUGCCUGUCAAAAGUUGUCUUAAGAUUUUCGAAAUCACUUUUGUCAUUGAGACUCGAUAGAGACAACAAAAUAUGUAAAAUCUCAAUAAUGUCAUGGCCGAAUAUGGGU